GACAUUUUUUGCAUAUGUGUGUGUCAAAAAGACGGCCAGUAAAAAAAAAUCCAAUAUGGUUCCUUCGCUUGGUUUUAAAGCAAAAUUAGCACGUGUGUAAAAGUGCCAAAUCAAUUUUUUGUGAAAUAUGGGUGAUCGUGAUCGACGUGACGAAACUUCAUCAGAAGAACCACAGCAUGAUAAUAGAUCAGCAAAUGUGGAGCCGGAGAGCGUAAUUGAAUCGAAUUGGGAAGAAGUGUAUGACAAUUUCGAUGAUAUGCAAUUAAAAGAGGAAUUACUUAGAGGAAUUUAUGGUUACGGUUUUGAAAAACCUUCAGCUAUUCAACAACGGGCUAUUAUUCCAUGUAUGCGAGGAUAUGAUGUAAUUGCUCAAGCUCAGUCAGGUACUGGUAAAACGGCAACAUUCUCUAUUGCAAUAUUGCAACAAAUUGAUACAAGUAUCGGUGAUUGUCAAGCUUUAAUUUUGGCUCCUACCCGUGAAUUGGCAACACAAAUUCAACGUGUUGUAUUAUCAUUGGGUGAAUUUAUGAAAGCACAAUGUCAUGCAUGUAUAGGUGGAACAAAUGUGCGUGAAGAUGUACGUAAACUAGAAUCUGGAUGUCAUGUUGUUGUAGGAACUCCUGGCCGCGUAUUCGAUAUGAUCAACCGUAAAUGUUUACGUACUAAUGCCAUAAAAUUGUUUGUAUUGGAUGAAGCUGAUGAAAUGUUAUCGCGUGGUUUUAGGGAUCAAAUUGAAGAUGUGUUCCGUUUACUUCCAGGUGAUGUACAAGUUAUUUUACUUUCAGCUACAAUGCCAGCUGAUGUUUUGGAAGUAACAAAUUGUUUUAUGAGAGACCCAAUUAGAAUUUUGGUGAAAAAAGAGGAAUUAACUUUGGAAGGUAUUAAACAAUUCUUUGUUAAUGUAAAACAAGAAACUUGGAAAUUGGGUACAUUGUGCGAUUUGUAUGAUACACUUUCAAUCACGCAAUCGGUCAUCUUUUGCAAUACAAGGCGCAAGGUCGAUCAAUUAACCCAAGAAAUGAGUAACUAUCAUUUUACUGUAUCAGCAAUGCAUGGCGAUAUGGAACAAAAAGAUCGCGAAGUAAUUAUGAAGCAGUUCCGUUCUGGGUCUUCUCGGGUGUUAAUUACAACAGAUCUGUUGGCUCGUGGUAUCGACGUUCAACAAGUUUCCUUAGUUAUUAAUUAUGAUUUGCCCUCAAAUCGUGAAAAUUACAUUCAUAGAAUCGGUCGUGGUGGUCGUUUUGGUCGUAAAGGUGUUGCAAUCAAUUUCAUUACCGAAGAUGAUAAACGUACCCUCAAAGAUAUUGAACAAUUUUACCAUACAACUAUCGAAGAAAUGCCAGCAAAUAUAGCUGAUUUAAUUUAAAUUAAAAGAAAAAGAAGCAGCAGAAGAGAAAAUUACACGAAGGAGGAAGAAAAGGAGAAAACAAAAUAAUUCAACAAGCAUUCUGAUGCAGUUAUAAUUAUAAUUACAAAAAAACACAAAAUUUAUUUAAAAAUAAUAAAAAAAUAAAGAAAAAGUAUAAGAAAAAAAAACUCUUAUUUAAAUUUAAUUAUUUCAAAAAACAAAAACAAAGAAAAAAUAACUUUUCAAAACAACUAUACUAAAAAAAAAUUAAAAACAAAUUAAUAAUAAAUUUAACAAAUCAAAAAAAAAAUAUUUUUGUUUGCGACAGAAAAGAAAUUACGAAAAUUAAAUAACAAAGUAAAAGAAAAUAUUUCCAUAUGAUUGAGAAAAAAUUAAGAAAACAAAGAAAUUACAUACAUACAAAACCAUUUUUAAAUAAAUUAAUUAUAAAAUUAAAAAAAAAGCGAAAUAACCUUUUAAGCAAAUUCACAUCUACAAAACAAAAAAAUAAAAAAACAUUCUGCUAAAAUAAAUCAUUCAUAAUAAAUUAACUAAAGAACAACAAAAACUCAAAUUAAAAUUUAUUUUUAUUAAAAUUCAAUUAUAUCAAAAUAAAACACACUUUUAUAUUACAUAUAUAUUAUCGCCGUUUAUUUUCUAAACCCAAUAUUACAAUAAAAUUAUUUUCUAAUAUAAAAAUACAUAUUUUGCAACAAAAAGUCCUAAGCAUUUUAAAAUCAUUUUUUUACCUACAUAAUUAUUUUAAUUAUAUAGGAUCAGCAAACACAUUUCUUGUGUCCUGCAUUUUGAAAAAGAAAAUAUUUGUAUAUAGCUACAUAUAUAUAUAUUUUUUAGUAGAAAUUUUAUAAUUAUAUUUUGAAAUUUUUUAAUUAUUUUCGUUAUUUUUAAUUUUCCGUAUCGAAAUACUUGAUAUAACAGAAGCCCCAGCUCAUUGCAUAACACAAAAAUCUUAAUUUUAAUAAGAGUUAUUUUUAUUAUUAAAAUAAAUUUUUCAAAAAAUUGCAAACAACAGCAAUAAAAAAAUUAUAUAAAAGAAAUUCAUAUGAAUUCAUAUUUACUGAAAAUAAAAAUCGACUUAUUUGUUUUAAAUUGGGUUUGGAAGAAUUAUAAAAUAAAUAAAAUAAUUAAAUUUUAAAUUUCUUUUUAGAUUAUCAAUCUUAUUUUCAAUUUUUUGAUUAAGUAGAAAUUAAAUUGAAGUUUUGUAAACUACACACAUUUUUUUUUAACUUCGAUUUAUUUAUCAUUGUUGGAUAAGGAAAAAGAAAACCUAAUAAAUGAUAUUGAAAAUUUUCUUAAUAAUAUGUUUAAAUUUUUCAACAGUGUAAAAUUGCGUGAAAAUAUUAAAAAUAGAAUUUUUUUUUAUGAAUAUUUUCGAAAACGUAAGUGUAAAAAAGAAAAUAUUUUUACCCAAAAACUUAUUAAAAUAGUAAUUUUUACUUUCCCAUUUACAUAUGUAUUUGGGGAGAGCAAGGAAAUAUUUCUGCUUUUUUUUUUAAUUUUAAUAAUAUAUAGUUCAUGAAAAUAAUUAGUUAUAAAUUUUUUUUUAAUUUUUUGAAUUUAAAUAAUCGUAUUUUAAAUAAAAUAAGAAAAUUUCAACUUAGAAGAGGUAAAAAGAAAUGUAAAUUUUGUUUUUAAAAAAAUUGAUUUUUUUUUUUUGUACGUAAAAAUUGAAUAAAUGGUAAAUAAAAGAAGAAAAGUAAA